AUGUGUUACGCUCACGAUCAGUCUUACAAGGGUGACAAAUUUGCCUCUCGGAGUCGUCGCUGUGUUUUCAUGGAAUACCCGUAUGGAAAAAAAGGCUGGCGGCUGUAUGACAUUGACAAAGAACAGUUCUUUGUUUCCCGUGAUAUUGUGUUCUGUGAAACGGAAUUUCCUUAUGCCAUUGUUCAUGCCGAAGAAACAGAGGAGGCAGCGGAUAUGUUGCAAUCUUUGACUACUCUAUAUUACGAAGAGGAUGAUGCAAUUCGAGUGGGCCUAUUGCUCAAGGACCAAUUCUUAGUGGACCGUUACCAAGCCCAUCGUUUAUUGCCACCUGUUGUCGCUUCGGAUCCUGUGGUAUGGCUGGGUCGUGGUCACCGUCAGAAAACAAGAUCGGCUAAACUCAAAAAUUUUGUGGUGAAUACCGGUUCUAAAACGACAUCAGCAGCCGAUGCUUCGUCAUCUAACUACCCAGUGGCCAACUAUGUUGAUUGUGAAAGAUUUUCUCCACAACAUCAAGCUUUCUUAGCAGCGAUUACUUCUGGUGUGGUUCCCAAAUCAUUUAAACAAGCUUCGGCCAAUGAACGCUGGAACAACGCCAUGUCUAUUGAUAUUGAGGGUCACGAACGUAAUCGGUCAUUCACGAUUGAAGAUCUGCCACAAGGAAAGAAAGCUAUUGGUUGA